UUCGGGGGUGCGGGUGCAGGAUCAUCUUCCGAAGCGUGGGCGCGCCCCCCUCAGGAUCGCCGUUGUCGUUUAUAUUCGAGACAUGCUCACGGAAUUUCGAGGCUUCGCUAGUCAACAUGGCCCAUGGAUCAUCGAAGAGAGGACCAAGAACACCGACUCGGCGGAUUACGAGAAGGCGAUAGCUACGACAGGGUACGGACUGUUCAACAUACUCAUGCUGGUAGCUGCUCUGCCGGUAGGCUGGACCUGCGUCUUGGACACGACCGUGACGACCUUCUUCAUACAGUCGACGGAAUGCGACUUUGAGCUCACUCUGUUACGCAAAGGCAUCGCCGUGGGCAUUGUUUACAUAGGCAUGGUAGUGGCCGGUCCGCUCUGGGACUUUGUUUUCCAGGACUGCGUGAUCAGUCGGCUGGGCAAGCGCAACGUCAUCAUCAUCGGCCUGAUCCUCGACUGCCUCUGCAACGUCCUUUGGGCCCACGCGACCUCGUUUUACACUUUUGUGCUUUUCAAGUUUCUCAAUGGCAUUUUAAUCGCCGGUCCGCUGUCGGUGCUCGUGCCCUAUCUCUCGGAAUUCCACGCGCCCACGUACCAGCCGACCUUCGCCAAAUGGACGAGUUUGCUCUUCGUUGUAUCCAGUAUUUUUCCCCCGGCGCUGGCAUCCGUACUCAUUUUAAAUACUUCCUGGUUCAACUUUACGGUUUUCAAUCGUUUUUACGAAACGUGGCGAGUUUACAUGCUGAUCUGCACGAUACCACCGGCUUUGGGGGUGUUUACCGUGUGCCUCAUGCCCAAGAGUCCCAAGUUCCUUCUGACGCAGGGCCAGCCGCACGAGGCUCUGCGGGUCUUCAAAACCAUGUACAGUAUGAAUUACUUUGAGCCAUCCAGUCAAUUUAAGAUUACAACGCUGACCUCGCAAAAAAACAUGAAGCGCAACAUAAAGAGCCUUUGCAAGGACAAGAUACGUGACAGCGUGUUAAAGCUAAAGGCUCUGUUCUCAAAGGCCCACAUCAAGACGUUUUCCAUUAUUCUCUCGUUGCAAUUUAUCAGCAUGUUGGGAUUCAACACAUUCAGACUGUGGGUGCCACAAAUUUUUAUAGCUCUCAAUAACUUUCGAGCCUUCAUCAAGCCAUUUUAUCCCGAAAAAACGACGACGAUGUGCGAACUUCUCACACGAAUCAAAAACGUUGACUCGAGUUGCGAUUACGUAUUGCCCGAAGUCGAGUCUGCCGUGUACGUUAAUUCAAUAGUCAUUUCGUCAUUGGCAGUUUUUUUAAGUUUCAUUUUCACCGCAAUCUCGGAUACGGAGUUGAAAAAAGUCGUGGCGAUAAUCCUGGCGUUUCUCAUCGCAACAGUUGGAAGCUUGGGACUCCACGCGUCGAUGAACACGCCUUACAUGCUCCUGUUGUGCACCAUAAUUAUAGUAUCGACGAGAACGGCGGGCAACGUCAUUCAAAAGUACAACGACGAAGUGACGCCUCAAAUAUUGAGAUCGGCUUCCACCAAUAGUUUAAAUUUCGUCGGCAACAUUGGCGCGGCUGUGGGGUCCAUAGCGUUUUCCAUUGUCCUCGGGCUCAACUGUCCUACAAUAUUCACCGGAAUC